GUAUAUGAUAUGUGUGAUUAAUAUGCAUAUUGAAACAGAAGUAUAGUAAAUUUUCCAUGAUGAAGAUCGCACGCAUAUUUAGUAUACACUAUGUUGGAAUGAUAUUUUGCUCAUUAUUUCUAACUAGUUCAUAUCAUGUUUUUCAAGUGUAAUACAGGUCCACCAAGUGUCGUGAUGGGCGACGUUCGCGAAGGCCGCUACGCACCACAGGUUCACUGGGAUGAAUCACUUGGUCAGGAGCCGGAGUAUCAAUUGUCUGUUGGAGUGAGUCUUCAUCAGCAUCAUCAUGCAAGGUAUGUACCUCAUUGUCGACGUGUGGAUAAUCAAGGAGAGCUCAAAAGGGUCAUUAGAGUUCAUUGAUACACGGUUCAACAUUAGAGGUAAUGCGUUAUCAAACAUUUAACCAUAAUAAUAAUAAUAAUAAUAAUAAUAAUAAUAUGAUCUAAUUUUGCUUAUUCGAUAUAUCCCAAGAGGUUUUUUUUAUAAUGAGUGAGCACUGCAUACUCCCUACUCUUAUACACUAGAACCAAUACCCGCAGCUACGCGGCGGGAAACACAUUUGCAUGAAAGAAGAAGGUCUGAACAUGAGCUGGCGUUUUUUUUUUUUUUUGGGACAGACAAAUUGGUACAUUUGUAUGCACAAUUUCUAGGAGCAGAUGACACUAAGGCAAUACCAUUGAUAGGCAAUCUGUGUGCUAUUCUUUUUACAGAAAACAAAUCCACAGGGGUAACUCAGUACAGAACUUGACGAAGUGCACUAUUCUUUUUCCUUCCAAUCAAUUCCUCAAGGCAGUAAGAUGGAGAUCUGAUUGAUGAACCGAAAAGAAGUUCCUAACAGUAACUUUAUACAGGGUGAAAUCAUGAACUUAUCGGUGAAGUAAGAUUACAAUGGGAAACAAAAAUAGACAAGGACUUGGAGCGAAAUAGGUGCGCCAAGAGAGAAGCAACUUCGAAUAAAAUAGAGGCAUGUAUCAUGAAAAUUGAUGACGCGGGAGUCCCUUAUAUGAAUUAACGGAUUGAACCACCAUUAACUUCAGCAAAAACUGAAGAAUAGGCUAGGAACUUAAAAGUUCACUGAAGCAUAUAUGAAUGACAGAUGAGUCAAUGACCUCACUCGUCUCUUACAACUGAGCAAGGUACUGAAAGUGCAUAAACUUAGGACAAUAUGGAACCAUGCACAUGAGGAAUGAGGAAACAAUAAUGGUCAUAAUCAUCUUAAAUGUAGGGAGUUAAAAGAUGAAACCACUUGAAAGAAGGCAGACCAAUACAGACAAAUCAUGAUGCUUAGAAAUCAUAAUACAUGUAUAUGCCAUCUACCCUGGCUCCAUUUUCUAUGGCAGUAGACAUAAGCUACCACCGAGCAUUGAAUUGUAGACUAAUGAAGCACUCCUUGACUAAGACAGAAUCUCUUUAAAAUCCAUCGACGUGUAGGUGUCCCAAACACCAAAAAUAGGAGGUGUUGGCAGCUCAAUAAACUGGCAAAGAUUCAUCUGUAAGAAUUAAGUCUGAAUUAGAAUGAAGGAAGAAACAUUGAAGUGAAAAAGAUAUAACCCAAGCAUUGGAGUGAACCAGAUAGACGGCACCCUCAAAUUAUGAUGUGGUCUUCAUGUAACUUAACUAACGUGUUGAGCAAAAUUGAAGGCAAGUAACAACCAUGUAUAGCUAUUAACUACAGGUGAACCUUGUUUCCAUGAUAGAGUAGUCUGCCAAUUGCUGGGAAAGUAAAGAGAUACCUAUGCAGUUCAAAACAACACUAAUUUGGCAAGGCUGGGACAUCAGAACCUGUCACUACAGAAUAAUUUGGUAUGAACAUCAAAAAAGUUUCAUAAGCAUCGAGGCUUACAAUGAAAGACAGUUGGAUGAAAAGUUACCUUGCAGGUACAAAUCAACAUAAAGCUCUCUGUAGCGUAUUUUUUGGUACAUUCUGUAGGACACAAUGUCAUAAUCUUGUAUGAAGAACUGACGGCUGUCAACUAAUUACACCCAAGAAAUGCUGACAUACAGCUGCUGUAACAAAAACCAGGUUUGGGC